UCUGCCUCGGACGUCGGCGCUGCCACUUUCUUUCUUGUUCCAAUUCCUUUGUUGUUGAGCUGCGCUCACAGAAACCUUGUUCAACACUUCAUUAUAUCUGCCUGGCGUAGAUUCCAUACCUCCCACAUAUUGUUUUUCGGUGAUUGGCAGCAAGCAUGGCGUCGUCUUCAACAUCCAACCAGGCAACGAACCCGAGCAGCAGACCACCUUCUUAUGACGGAGUGCGACAACAGGCUGGACCUUUGCCGUCAAAACGUGGCGAACUAGGCUUUGUGGAAGGCGUUCAUGUUCAAGUUGACAACAGAUCGAACACAAGCCUUGCAGCCUUGCCUGAAAGGCAUCCUGCCGACAGGGACGCUCCUCCGAGUGCCGACGCUCAACCAAGCAGCAGCGAACCUAAUGCCAAUCAAUCAUCCACCGGUACACCAGCUCAGCCAGCAGCGACCCCAAGCGCAGAUUCGAACAAUAAACCAGGCAUUUUCAAGUUCUUAAAGCCUAAAUGUGGCGCAACGUUGGGCGGAAUCCGACUCUCCACCUUCCUCGCCCUCGUCCUCCAGCUCCUCAUUCUCGCCGCCUGCAUUGUGGGCUGGGUCUUUACAUCCAAGAAGGUCGCUGACAUGGUUCGCAGCGGCGGUAAAGUCCCAGGAGGAACCCCUUCCACUAUCUUCAUCCACGCCGUCUUCGCAUUCGUCGUCAUCGGCCAGCUCGUCUUCCUCGAGCGACGGAUUUAUCGGUGUCGUGCGGAGCGCUACGCGUUCUUGCAUCCAGGGGAGAUGCUACCUCGGUACCGCGAUCGGGUUCAACGAGGCGGCGACCUCUCCUUUGCUUAUGCACCCUGGAACCGACCUCCGCUCCCGACUUAUGCUGCUGCCCUGGCCCAGAGUGGCCAUGGAACGGGCGAUGUAGACGAUCACUUGAUUGCGGUCCCGCCUCCCCCGGCUUACGGGAAUACUCGCGGAAGCAGGCUGCUCCUGCAGGGAUUCCUGACGGAAGAGUUGAGGAGGCAGCGACCGGUCUCUGUGCAUACCCAAGCCGAUCUGGAGAGGGGAGAAGGACGGGAAGGAGACGGCGAUUCGAAUUCGACCGAUCAAGAAGGAAACAGGGAGCGACGGAGAGAGGAAGCCCUGGCUCAGUUGGAGAAUUCAAGGAGCAGAAACUGAACUGGAAUUCCCGAGACCAUAUAGAUCUCCAUCCUGGAAUGAACGUUGUUCAUGUGUCCGUCGCAUGACGUCGAAUUUGUAUUAAUCCUGCUCUCUAUCUUACAGGUUGCCCCUUAAUCCUGCGCUUGGUAAAGCUGUGGCGUCUUCUUGGGUCUACACGUUUAGUCUUUCCCCACACCACAAUACCCCCAAAACCUUGGACUGUUAUCGCUCUUGUAACUGUACGUUGACUUGUAUUUCUUGUACACAUCACACAUUCGCUUUCGCGUUCUUCAUGUA